UACAGAGCCCGAGCUAUGAGCAUCUGAGAGCGGAGUGGAAACAGGAAGAGGAGGAGGUGAGGUGGAAGAAAGAAGACAGAGGAGAGAGGAACGGGCCAGACAAGGUGGCGAGGAGUGCAAGGGAGGAAUAGGGGAGCCAAGAGGGGCGUGUGGACCAAAGAGAGCGAAGGCAAGAAAAACAGAGAGCUCGCAGAGGAUGACCGAGUCUAUUUAAAGGGACUGCACGGGUCUGCUGUCUAGCUAUUCCUGACGGACAGCGUCAUCGUAUUGGGUCCAGAUUCUGUCUCCUCCUUUCUCUCAGUGCUCAUUGUAAGGUGUGAAGUGGAGGGCCUACCAAACACAGACCAAGACUGGCUGCAUGUAUCACCCCGCAGAGCUGUACUCUGGCCGCAACACAUGGGACUCCUAUCCAGCUGGAGGACCUAACAGAGGACAAUGGGCUCCGGUAAACAGUCGCCCCUGGAGCCACACAGAAAGAUCCCAAGAAGGGCGCAAUCAAUCACAUUAUUCACCAAUAAGUCGUCUUUAUAGUAGGGGGGAGAGAACGGUUAACAAUUUCCAGGACAAGGGUAUCUCUAAGGGGCACAGACAGCCUCCACAUCCCUGGGAUGGCAAAGAGCAGCCGUUUGAGGCCCAGACCUGGCAUCACAACUCAACACACUCAUUCCACAACAGAGCUGGCAACACCACCGGUUAUCUAACAGGACCAGGAGAGCGCUACCCAAACUGGGACAACAAUGCCAGCAACACGAUGUAUGGGGGGCCUCGCCUGCAUCGCAACAAUAGAGAACUCCAGUCCCCACCGGAGAGAUGGGCCCCCUCAGACUGCCGCAGGAGCUUUCCUGACAGAAUGAUGAACAACAAGCCAGAACCCUGGAAACGGCCAGUCCUCCACCAGAGGCGAGACCAACUGCACCAGCACAGCCCACCUCCACAGCACCCGUUAUCCCCCAGGGAAGAGUGUCCGGCCAAGAGGAGAAGGGACUCUGGCCCUGAUCAGUCAUCUCAUCCUGCAUCAAGGCAUGUACCUUUAAUUGGUCAUGCCCCUUCGCCACCUCGCCACCACCGCUGCAACCAGGACGACUGGAAGCCUCUUCAUGACAGGACGGGUCAUUGCCAUCACUCUGACCACAGGACCUCAACCCAGCAACAGGAAACCUCUAAAGCACGAGUCGGAGGGCAUGGCUUCAGUAACAGUCACCAGGUAGCUCUGACCCAGAGUUGUGGCGGCAGCAGCAGAACACCUCAUCAUGGAAGCAGGGGAAAGGUCGACCGGAAAAUGUCCCCGUCACCAGCAGACCACCCCCGUGUGCCUUACAGCCAUCAAAACCAUCAUUACCACUAUCAACAACGGCACACAAGCCACCCCAGGGCCCUACAGCACAACCCGCAGCUACACCCUCCUGAGGAAAAAGACUCACAGAGACAUCACCACAAACAAAGCACAGAACCUCAGCGCUUUCAUCAAAGGGGCAAUUCAUGGGAUCCAGCCCAAUUCAAGGGUUCUGGUGCAGACUCUCCUUCCUAUUCGUCCCUCAUCUGCAGCCCUGGAGAUGGAGGUUCUACUGCCAGCAGUCCACGUGCUCCUCCAAGUCCCUCUUCAUACACAGUGGGCAGUAGCAGAAAAGAUCCAUCACUCCUUUAUCAGUGUAGCCCUGAACUCAGUGGACAGCAGAAACUCCAAGGAAGCCCCAAUCACACCCCGAGACCUAGCCAGACAUCCUCCACGUCCCACAACUCUCAAGAUGGUCCAAAAGCCCGGUUGUCAGACGUCAAAUAUCGAAAGACUUCGCAGCCCCUCUGUUCACGACAGUCCUCUCACAGCAGGUCAAGAGCAAACAAGACUGAGAAGGAGUCUGAAGAACACAAAAAAACGGAGAAGCCGGUGAAAAAGGAUAGAAAGGGUGAAGAGAGAAAGAGGCAUAAGAAAAAAGAGGAAAAGAGAUUGUCUGAGAAGAAAAGGAGGAGGGAUAAAAUAUCAAAGAGGGAAAGAAAGUUCAAAACUGGAGGCAUGGAAAAGGAAAUGUUGACUUCCAUCUCUACUCCCCACUCUUCAGGAGAAGCCCAAAUGGAGACGACAACUCAGUCCCUGGACAAUCAAAGCCAGGCGCCAGGCAGACACAAGCACAGAGAGAGGAGUGGUCGUGCAGAGAGGACACUCAAACCAUCCAAAAAGAACCCUCCUCCCUCUUCACCACAGCCAUCCUCAAAAUCUGCUCAUAUUAAAAUGCCCAAGAAAAACAAUAGUGCCCCAAAACUCAAGGAUAAACUUAAAAAGUCACAUCAUAGGAUUCCCAUAAACCCCAAACUGUCCGGCAAGAAGCCCACCAUCGUUUCAAAGCGCAGCCCUAAAGCAAAGACCAAUGACACGCUCCCUUCACUUUUAUUGAAAGCCUUAGCGCCUCUCACUUCAGCCUGUUCUGUCACCUUGGAGGCACCUGUCCAUGGCAAAGAAGGUGGCCAGGGAGGGGCUCUCAAUGCUCCAGACCUACAGCCUGUGGGAAACCUAAGGGAAACAGAAGACAACCUUGCAAAUACACCUCCUGUUCUCAGCUGGCAGGGCUCACCGGUGUCGAUUCUGGGAGAAGACGAAGAAGAGCUGGAGAAGGGAGUGAUGAGUAGACCUGUCCUCCAGCCCAGUCCCACCCGGUGCUUCUCUCCUCUUUCUGAAGACAGUGAGAGCUCCACCGAUAUAACAGAGGAGCCUUGCGAAGACCAACAGGCUGAUUAUUCCCAUGAUGGCGUGCCUGGACUCUGGGAUCCACCCUGUGCAGAGGUACCAGUUGCUGAGGAGGAAAAGGAAGACAGCAGUGGGGAAACUCCUGACUCUCCUUACGGUGAGCUUUGCCACCAUAAAACUGGUCUGGACGAUGUCUUCAAGAGCCUUGCGACUUUACUCGGAGGCCAGAGGGUCACAUGUCGAGGCGGCCCAUUCGGGGGGCCUCCCGCCUGCACCACCAAAGGAGUGAAGUAUUCCUCUUCUCUUGAACUGGGGCCGGAUAUUCAUGAGCAUCAGGACUUCUGUAUAUCAGACACAGCGUCCUCCGAACCUGGUGAUCAGUCACCAACUCUCUUCACCUCAGACAUGCUUUUGAAAUCCCACAGUCCGAGGGAGCCUGUGGCAGAAUCCCUGGCUCAGGGUAAGCAGAAAGAAAUUGAAAAGGACAUGGAAGAGAAGCAAGGUAGUGAAGAAAUGGAGAUGCUUGCCAACGAAACAGAGACAUCUCUUUUGGACGGGUCGCUGAGUGCAGAGCUGAGUCUGACCACAACGCACACAGCCUCCAUCACCAGCUGCAUUACUGUCUCCACCAAGGAUGAGAGGGGACACAGCAAGGAGACGGAGCGCAUUGGUGGGAACAGGAAGAGAAAACUUAAGGCCAUGGAUGGAGAAAGAGAAGGAGAGAUACAAAUCAAGAUAAAGACGGAAGAAAGCAGCAUCAUGUGUCCUAAAAACAAAUCAAACGAAAUAAGGGAUUUGACGAAAAGGGAUGUUUCCUCCUCGGUGCUCGUCAUUUCCAGAAAGUCAGCCAAACUCCUCAAAGAGAGUAUGAAGGACCAGAUUUCGAAGGAAAAUCAAACCACACACGGCAUUAAUAAAGACAAGGUAGACAAGGGGAAGGAAGAGGCACAGAUAAUAAUGGCGAAGAAGGACGAGUUAGAAAAUAAGAAAUCCUCAGCAGCUGGAAACGCAAACACCAAGACAUCCAAAUCAUGUGUAUCUACACCCGGAAGCACGCCUUCAAUCUCUGCAACUCCAUGUGACCCGCUGAGACUGAAAGCAUUGUCUAUGGGCUUCUCAAAGGAGUUGAAGAUCCUUUUAACAAAAGUAGAUGCAGGAAGAAAAACAUUCGACGUAUCAGAGUUUGAACCAAGAAUCCCUCUUUCCAAGAUUAGCAUCGAAAACACUGGUGCUGAACUAGUAAGAGCUUGCAAGGGGGAGAAGGUUAAGGGGAAAUUCAAGGAGUCCUUUCUGCUUCCCGCCUUCAAUGUUAAACCUAACAUUGACACCGAGACCAAAAUCCCUCAAGAAAAGCUGAACCCUCCUACACCAAGUAUUUAUUUGGAGAGCAAGCGGGACGCCUUCUCUCCAGUUCUGCUUCAGUUCUGCACUGAUCCCAAAAAUGCAGUAACUGUCAUCAGAGGACUUGCUGGCUCCCUCCGCCUUAACCUGGGUCUGUUCUCCACCAAAUCCCUGGUGGAGGCCAAUGCGGAGCAUGCAGUGGAGGUGAGGACCCAGGUUCAGCAGCCUGCCGAUGAGAACUGGGAUCACAAUGGAUCGGCGCAGUCGUGGCCCUGUGAGAGCAGCCGCUCACACACCACCAUCGCCAAAUACGCCCAAUACCAGGCCUCCAGCUUCCAGGAAAGCCUACAGGAUGAGAAUGAGAGCGAGAAUGAAGAUGACGGAGAGCAGUCCGAGUCUUCAGAAACAUCCGCCGCCACAAAAGCAGCUCUGACAUUUGCCACGGUUAAAGUCAGUCCUGCCUCCACUACAACUAAAGCCAACUCUGCUUCCAUCUCCGCUUCCAUCUCCGCUUCCAUCUCCAGCCCAGAGGAACAUGCCAACAGCACACCCAGCUCUGAGCAGAAAUCAGCCGGAAAGAUAAUUAAAUUUGGGACCAAUAUUGAUCUCUCUGACCCUAAAAGGUGGAAACCCCAGCUGCAGGAGCUGCUGAAGCUGCCUGCUUUCAUGCGGGUGGAAUCCAGCAACAACAUGCUCAGUCACGUCGGCAGCACCAUCCUGGGCAUGAACACUGUCCAGCUCUACAUGAAGGUGCCAGGCAGCCGCACUCCAGGUCAUCAAGAGAACAACAACUUCUGCUCAGUCAACAUCAACAUCGGUCCUGGUGACUGUGAGUGGUUCGCCGUCCAUGAGCACUACUGGGACGCUAUCAACAAAUUCUGUGAGAAGCAUAAAGUAGACUACCUUACAGGGUCCUGGUGGCCGGUCCUGGAAGACCUCUACAGCGCCAACAUCCCUGUGUACCGCUUCAUCCAGAGGCCGGGGGACCUGGUGUGGAUUAAUGCAGGGACGGUGCACUGGGUCCAGGCAGUGGGCUGGUGCAACAACAUCGCCUGGAAUGUCGGACCACUCAACUCCUACCAAUACCAGCUGGCCCUGGAGCGCUACGAGUGGAACGAGGUGAAGAAAGUGAAGUCCAUCGUUCCCAUGAUCCACGUGUCCUGGAAUGUGGCUCGCACUAUCAAGAUCUCUGACCGGGAUACCUUCAAGAUGGUCAAACACUGCCUGAUGCAGUCCAUCAAGCACAUCCAGAUGUUGAGAGAACAGCUGCUGGCUGCAGGGAAGAAGAUCAGUUACCAGAGCCGAGUGAAGGACGAGCCCGCCUACUACUGCAACGACUGUGACCUGGAGGUGUACGACCUGCUGCUGGUGACCAGUGAGAACAGCACUAAGAAGAGCUACGUGGUGCACUGUGAGGACUGUGCCCGAGCCAAGAGCCCGUCGCUGGGGGGGGUCGUGGUGCUGGAGCAGUAUCGAAUAGAGGAACUGACGAAAAUCUAUGACUCCUUCACACUGGCUCCAUCACCUGUUUCAAAGUGAGGACUCCUCCCUGGCGUCUUUCAGCCAUAAACCAAAACUCUAAUGGCAGCACAAAUAUUGUCUUCAAGGCAAUCUAUUCCUUCAAACACUCUCUGAAUCAGCCAAUCACGUUUACUCAGUAUUGUUUACAUCACACACUAAGGUAUGGAUACUCAGCCAAUCCAACUAUAGCUCACUGUCUUCCCCAUACCAGCUGCUGAUUGGACGUGUGUUUUGAAAUAGAAUGACUAGACUGGUACUUCCCAUGAAAAGCAUUUCAGAUAUGUUAAAAAAACAAAACAAUAUGUGAGCACUGCUAGCAUUGAAAAUCAGGUUAUAUGUUUAUAACGGACACUGCUGUGAUUCAAAAGCAUCUAGUAGCCGGUUCUUUGUAUAAAUUCAGGUACUUUUAUGCAAAUUCAGUAGAACUUUUUUUACACCACUCUAGUUAUUCUAUGUGUCCAUGAAUUUGCUGUGAUUCUGUCGUACCAGCAGGGGAAUCGCUUCACAGGAGAAGUAGCUGAUUGUCACAUCGUUUUGGUUCCUGUUUUUGUUUGCUAUUCGGGUAAACUCCGACAUUUCUAAUUCCUGUCUGUAUACUCUUUGAGGUGCUACUCCAAUCUAAUUUAUUCCCGUUAGAUACUUAAACAAGUUUUACCAGCCUAUAAGUACACCACAUUGGCCUUGAAAACUGUAUUUAGAGUUAAUUAGAGGUUUAAACACACAAAUAAGGAUUUAUGUAGGUAAAAAAAAGAACUUGUAUUGGUUUCUCUUAGAUACGGGUUAAAAGACGACCAAAACGGUUUUACUGUAGUUGGAAAUCAAGUUUGUAAAUGAUAAAAUAGUUUUUUGUUUUGUAUCCCUCUAAAUAGUUGGGUGGUUUUCUACGAUACACCCGGAAAACAGACAUAGUGUUGUUUUUAUUUUUGGAAUGGGAAAACUAUCCCAGUUUUAUACCUCUUUUGUUGCUUUGUUCUCAUUUCUAGACAGAAAAAACAAAUAAUUGUAAAUUCUGAAUGAAUUUAUUGGAUACACAGUGGUGUGCAUAGACGGGGUUCAGAGCCGAAAGGGAGGGUCAGCAUUGAUGUGUAUGUCGAUGAAGUGCCAGUUUCCGUCUGGGGAAGUAAUCUGUCCAAAGAGACACACAAUCAUUUUGUUACAAUGUGAUGAAGCCAAAAAGACGAGCGGACUGAAUGACACCUCGUUGUUUUCAUUUUGCCCCAAACAUCCGUCCUGUUCAGUGCACUGCCAGCUUAAUAUACUGUAUUUACAGUUUGACAUGUUAUAGAGCACAUGAAUUGAAACAUGACAAGAAAGGCUCAGUCGUUUUUUUCCCUCAACUUCAAACAGUACUUCAAAAAUAAAGGGUAUCAUUUUGUUGAGGCUAGGCUAAACUGCAGACACCCUGAAAAGGGGGGGGGGGGGGGAGUAUUUUUAUAAUACAAAUGUUGGCCACAAGAGGCAGAAGUGCACCAAUACACCAUGUUCUUAAAAGGACUCAAAGCAUUCAUGUGUCAUGCCACAUGAGUUUAAAUAUCUCCAUGCACUCUAAAACAAACUAUAUAUAUUUUUAACAAUAUAUGUAAAUUAUAUAUUGUAUAUAUUUCUUUGAAGAAAGACCAAAAUGUUUAAGCCGUAUUUAGUGCAUGGGGUAGUGGUGCACUUCAGCCUCUUGUGGCCAAAAUGAGUAUUACAACAACAAAUACCUGUUUCACAGAUUUAAAAAAGACUUUGACAUUCUUGAAAUUCAAGUUUGUACAAUAAACACAGGAGAAAAAACAAUGUAUAUCAGACAUCGGUAAUGUGUCACCAGAACUAUUUUUUCAUCACAUGGCUUCCAUAAUUAUCUUUAGCUUCAUACAUCAAAUGUAAUUAUUACCUUUGCUGCCCUGUAUUCAAAUGCAAUCAUUUGAUCACCUGGGCAAGGCCUAUCUUUUCCAGUUCUAGUAUUCCUGCAUUUUAAUGAAUUCCUAACAAAUGACGACUUUCACAUUUGAGCCCUUCCCUCAUUAGUCUGUGCACACCAUCUACUGUACAUAAUGUAUCUGUUUGCAGGUUCUCAAUAUGACUUAUGUAUGUAGUUUUGUUCUCAAUCAAAUAUUGAAAUUGUUUGUGGUCGAAUCUCUCCACAUCAGACUUUGUGUUAUGUUGUUGCUGUAUUAUAAAAUAUCCUUUUUCACUCCAGUUAAAUUACUGCAAUGGGAAUUUCAUCCCACUUUUAUACCUCUUUUUGUUGUCAGUUUCAGUUUUUGGGAUUACAGAGAAAAUGGAAAAUUGUAAAUUGUGACAUUAUUUAUACUGUACAUGGUUGUUUUCUUAUAUAUUUAUUGCAUAUCAAAAGGCACUUCACUUGAUAAGGGGCUACAAGGUAUUUUAAAAUUGUAGUAUGGGUGUAUUGUGUGGAUAGGGGAAGUGCAAUCAGGGGGCUGUUUAAUUUUCAUGGUGCUAGACCCCUCCUUGCCCCCCUCAUUAAACAGCAUAUAACAAUAUACAGUAUGAACUUUAUCAGUGAUAAAACUGGUGCUUAGAUCCAUUUCAACACAGUUUAGUGCUAACAGAAAUGGAAAGAUGUCUUUGUACUGUAUCAGAUUCAUUCAAGAUCUUUUUAAAUGUUUUUUUCCAUUGUAUGAAAUUCAUAAUCUUGUGAGGCAUUAGUGGUUUUAUGAUGCACAUUAGCAGUAGUUGUAAUUCUUGACACCUUUUGCAGAGACUUUUAGGGAUGUGACUUUUAAUGACGUCGAGGUUUUGUUUUGUGUCUUGUCCUCAUUAGUAUUAUUUGAAGGAUGGUAUAAUGCUCUUUUUUCCUGUUUGAUUUAUGCUGCACUUAUUGUUUAAAAAAAGAACUCGCAUAGAAGAAAACCUGAGCCAGACCUGUCUUAAAUCCCUCUGUGAGUUUUCUGUGACAUAUUGUAUUGUUGUUCAAGAAAAUAAAAUGUUUUGAUAAAUUA